CACCAUCACAACCUUACAACAACAUGAAGCUCGCUGUGAUCCUCGCUGUGGUUGCUGUGGCACUGGCCGACAAGCUGGCCCCCGUCCCCCUGCCCGUCGCCAUCCUCCACAGCCAACAGGUCAACCCCGACGAGUUCGGUGCCCACAGCUCCGACUUUGAGGCAGAGAACGGCAUCAAGUUCCAGUUUGCUGGCAACGAGGGUGUUGGUGGCGGUUCCAACAUGGCCGGCUCCUGGAGCUACCUCAAGGAGGACGGCAGUGUAGCGACAGUCCAGUUCGUGGCUGACGAGAACGGUUUCCAGCCCCAGUCCGACCUGCUGCCCGUGGCCCCCGCCUUCCCCCACCCCAUCCCCCAGUUCGUCCUCGACCAGAUCGCCUUCGCUGCUGAGGAAGAUAAGCGCAAGGCUCAAGAGGAAGCUCAGUAAGCCUCAGUGAAGUUCCUCUACUGCUCAAGCUGACAGUUUAUUUAAUGUACAAAUUUAUUACAUUUUGAUGUUUAGUAACUACAAAUAAAUUAUAUUACAUACAA